CCUCCCCAACUAAACUGCCACUUCGUUUCUUUUCAUUUUUCACCAAAACCGACCUCAUUUAUACCACGUGUGAAUCAUGCGCAAUCGUCAACAUCUUUAUCCACUUGCAUUCCUAUCCGUUCAUGACACCCACACACAACUAAUCUCAACGGUCCACAUAUUACCAUAGAUAUAACCGCGAAAAUCCUUGUUUCGUAAACGCUACGUGUAAACUGUCACCGGCACCAAAAGUUCACCGCAAGAAGAAUACGACACGAAUCAAAUCCACCCAAUCACACGCAUCCACGUGGAAUCUGAGACAACACUCGUAAAUCCACCACCGACUUAAUAACGUUCCUCGUAAGAAAGAAAAGAAAAAGAUUCUUCUUCGAUCGUCGUAAGCAAAGAAUUGUGUUUAUCGUUUUCUUCGUUGGUUUCGAUUUGCUUCGUCUGUCCCUAAUUUCACAGAAAAAAACAAAUAUUCGAAUUUCAGUAUAUUCUGAAUUUUCACAUUUUCGUAAUUUGAAAGAAAGAAAGAAUAACCCAAAAUUUGAUCGAUCGAGAGAGAAUAUGCAACGUCUUGCUGAUAAUGUCAUCGCUGUUACUAAAGAGUCGGUGAAGACGUUUACUUAUGAGUCGUUGAACAAUAUUGUGAGGUUUAUCAAUGGAGUAUCAGCUCUUUUGUUGGCUUUACUACCUGGCAAAGCUAAUAUACUUGAAGGUAUUCAAGGUUGGGAGCUUAGACCAACUUUCCGUGGACCGCGAUUUCCACGCUGGAUGGAAAAUGGCGUGUCCUCUUUCAACCAAUUUAUUCAUGAACUUGCUGUGGAUUCUGAUGUUUCAAGUGUGGAAUACUCAUCUGGAGAAGAAUAUGAUGAGGAUGAUGAUGAUGAUGGGUAUGAUUAUCCUGAAACUCCCUCAUCUGCGGGUUCUAGAGCCUCCUCUAGAGCCAGUUUUACCAAUUACAGUAGGAAUCAUGUGGAUUGGAUCCAAUAUAUCUUACUUUGGAUUUUGGUUUCUGUAAAGUUUUUGCUCGGAAUUCCAUUUCGUCUUUUCCAGUUAGUUUAUUCUGGGUUGUCAAAACCGCGCUCCAUCUCUGAAAAUCAGCAUGCUGCAGCACAAUCACAUUUACAUGCGAAGGUGCAAAGCCUCAAGGACCAAAUUAUUCAUCGAACCACUGAUAGGAGACGUGGGAUCAUAGAGGAUCUUCAUUUAGCCAUGGAAAUAUUCAUAGAAGCUGUUUUUGAUUUUGUUCACAAAGCAGUACAUCUUCUUCUUUCCCCAUCAGAAGCUUUUGGAAAAUUGUCUAGGUUGUUUUCAUCACAAGAAAGAGGUGUUGAAGAUGAUGAUAACGUUGUUGAGAAUGCCACUGUUUAUACAGCUACUCUUGGAGAGAAUGUCCCCACACCUACGGAGAGGAAUACUGAUUUUCGGCAGUCUUUUAGCACGGAUGCCCGAACUUGUCAGGAUGUCAUAACAGAGCUUGGGUAUCCGUAUGAAGCUAUUCAUGUGAUCACUGCUGAUGGAUAUGUUCUUCUUUUGGAAAGAAUACCCAGGCGAGAUGCUCGAAAAGCUGUUUAUCUUCAGCAUGGAGUUUUUGAUUCAUCAAUGGGUUGGGUAUCUAAUGGUGUUGUUGGAUCUCCAGCUUUUGCAGCCUAUGAUCAAGGGUAUGACGUGUUUUUGGGAAAUUUUCGCGGUUUGGUUUCUAGAGAACACAUAAACAAGAACAUCUCCUCACGCGAAUACUGGCGGUAUUCAAUCAACGAACAUGGGACUGAGGACAUUCCUGCUAUGAUAGAAAAAAUCCAUCAAGUAAAAACUGCCGAGUUGAAACUUAGUAAUCCUAACAUUGAGAAGGAUAAUAAUGAUGAUCAGCUAUACAAACUUUGUGCAAUUAGCCAUAGUCUGGGUGGAGCAUCUAUGUUGAUGUAUGUCAUUACACGUAGGAUAGAAGAGAAGCCUCAUAGACUUUCUAGAUUGAUUUUGUUAUCACCUGCUGGCUUUCAUCAUGACUCCAACAUGGUCUUUUCUGUGGUGGAACGUGUAAUAUUUUUUCUAGCUCCUGUUUUGUCUCGUAUUUUCCCCGCCUUCUACAUACCAACCCGAUUCUUUCGUAUGCUUGUUAACAAGUUAGCCCGGGACUUGCAAAACCUACCUGCAGUCGGAGGAUUGGUUCAAACUUUAGUAGGUUAUGUUCUCGGAGGGGACAGCUCGAAUUGGGUAGGAGUUUUAGGAACACCACAUUACAACAUGAAUGACAUGCCAGCAGUAUCUUUUUAUGUCGGUCUUCAUCUUGCACAGAUAAAGAGAACUAGAAGAUUUAGAAUGUUCGAUUAUGGAAGUCCCUCUGCUAAUAGAGAAGUUUAUGGUUCACCUGAGCCUUUGGAUUUAGGAGAACAUUAUUGGCUCAUUGACAUCCCUGUUGAUUUGGUUGCUGGUCAGAAAGACAAAGUUGUAAGACCUUCAAUGGUAAAGAGACAUUAUAAAUUGAUGAAGGAGGUUGGUGUAGAUGUGUCAUUUAAUGAGUUUGAAUAUGCUCAUUUGGAUUUUACCUUCUCUCAUCAUGAAGAACUUUUGUCAUAUGUCAUGUCCCGUUUGUUUCUUGUGGAGACAAAUUCAAAGCAUGAAGUGAACCGAAGAUCUCUAAGAUUGAGAAAGAAAGCACAAGUCUCGGCUACAGGGUAGAAUGUGAGAAAAUCUAUACACUGUCAUCUGAUACUAAAGCAUAUCGGCCAUGUCAUGUAAAUCAAUGUCAAAUGGAACUGUACUGUACACAUGUCUGACUGUGUCUCUGAUGCAUGUGUCAUCAUCUCUUCCUUCAAAACUAUGUUUUUUUUAGCUUGAAGGAAAAGAUAAGACCUUAGAAACAAUGUUACAAUACUCUGUAAAUAGUGUUGAUAUCUGAAUGAAACAAAGAGUUUGAAUCUUUUA